AUGGCUCGUGACUAUGACAACAAUAUUAAAUGUAGUAUAUGUAAGAAGAAUCACCACAAGGCUCUGUGUGAUUCGGGAAAGGAAAGUAAGCCCCAGGGAACUGUUGGACAAGGGGAGGUUGGGAAUGUAGAUGCCAAUAGUAGUAAUACUCUAUUUGUAAGUCCUAAGAAUAGUUGUGAAAACCCAGGAUGCAAUGUUGCUUUGCAAACUGCACAAGCAAAACUGGUUGGUAAUAAGUCGGGACGAGUAAGGGUUUUGUUGGAUUCUGGGAGUCAGAGAUCAUUUGUUACUGAAAGGACGGCUAAAGCGUUGGGAUGUAAAGUCGUUCGUGAAGAAAAUCUGAGAAUAGUUACGUUUGGGAAAAGGGCUUUAGAGAACGAGUUGAGAAGGGUUGUGCGAUUGGAUUUGAGUUCGUUGUCGGGUGGUGAAGUUGUAUCUAUCGAGGCAUAUGUUGUACCAGAAAUAUCAGUAAUUAGUAAUCAACAUUUGGAGGUGGUUCGAAAUAACUUUGAACAUUUGAAGGGGUUGUGGUUGUCUGAUGUUUGUAAGGUAAAUGAGGAAUUGGAGGUAAACGUACUCGUGGGUGCAGAUUACUUGUGGUCGUUGCAGAAAGGUCGUAUUAUGCGAGGGAAGCAGGGGGAGCCUGUGGCUAUCGAGACGGUGCUUGGAUGGGUAGUUUCAGGGCCGGUUGGAAGCACGGAUAAGAAUCAAACCGCCACUGCUCAGGUAAAUUUUUGCUCCGCUAAUAAAACUUGUAUCAACGUAGAAAACUUUUGGGAUUUAGAAAGCCUAGGAAUUAAGGACAAAGUGAGUGAUGUGCAUGAAUCGGUCAUAAACGAUCUUAGUUUUGACGGUACACGUUAUUCAGUGGGGUUGCCCUGGAGGGAGGGUCACGAUCCUUUACCUACUAACUAUGACUUAAGUCUUAAGAGAAUGAAGGGACAAAUCAGACGACUAGGUAAGAACCCAGAAUUACUGAAGGAAUAUGACACUAUCAUUAAGGCCCAAGAAGAGUUAGGCAUCAUAGAGAGGGUAGGAAAAGAUAGUGUGAUUAAUUCUCAUGCCAAAAUACAUUACAUGCCUCAUCAAGCUGUCGUGCGAAAGGAUGCCAAGACGACAAAGGUUCGAGUGGUUUAUGACGCAAGCGCUAAAGUACUCAAGUCAAGUGUCUCUUUGAAUGAUUGUUUGCAUAUCGGACCUUCACUUAAUCCACUUUUGUUUGAUAUUCUGCUUAGGUUCCGUGAGCAAAGAAUAGCGCGGACAUAG